CUCACGCCAUCUUUCCUCACACCCUGGAGUCAGAGUCAGAGUCAGAGUAAGAGAGAGAGAGGGAGAGAGGGAGAGAGGAUGAGUAAUGCAUACUAUCAAGCAGUGUGCGUUGCGUUGGUGCUGAGUAUAACAACAGGUGCAAUGGCACAGAGCGCUUCGAACGUGAUAGCAACGUACAAUUUCUACGACGCGUCUCAAAACAAUUACGACUUGAACGCCGUGAGCACUUACUGUGCUACAUGGGACGCUAACCACUCCCUCGCUUGGCGCAGCCAGUACGAAUGGACUGCCUUCUGUGGCCCCUCCGGCCCCAAUGGCGAGUCCGCCUGCGGCCUAUGCUUGAGUGUGACCAACACUAGGACUGGGACUCAGCUACCAGUGAGGAUCGUGGAUCAAUGCUCUAAUGGAGGCUUGGAUUUGGACUAUAGUGCGUUCCAGAAGCUGGACACUGAUGGCAAUGGCUACCAGCAGGGUCACCUUGUCGUCAACUACGAGUUCAUCAGCUGCUGAUCAUCCCAUGAACUACAUCUCUAGAAUCUCUCACUACUAUUAUGUAUUAAUUAAUUGAUGAUAAAUUUGUGGUUCGAUGUUGUGAUCAUCACCAUGGAAAUGCUUAAAUAAGGAAACCAACCAUUUGUACUCGUCAUAAAAUUAAAAAAUAAAUGCUUCCACGGUUCUUUCCCUCU